UUCAUGUCCCGUGACGACUUCCGUACUCUGUGUUAGUCCUGCAAUCCGAUUGGCUGAACUCCAUCAGCGCUACAUUUCAUCAAGACGUGCAGUGAACGUUGCAACUAGCGUAGCAACAAAUUGAAAAUGAGUGUACGCAAGCAAACCCCAAGUGAUUUCCUGAAGCAGAUCAUCGGGCGGCCGGUGGUGGUGAAGCUCAACUCUGGAGUGGAUUACAGAGGUGUUCUGGCGUGUCUGGACGGCUACAUGAACAUCGCAGUGGAGCAGACGGAGGAGUACGUCAACGGCCAGCUGAAGAAUAAAUAUGGAGAUGCGUUUCUCAGAGGAAAUAAUGUGUUAUACAUCAGCACCCAGAAGAGGAAGAUGUAAAAGUGUCGCUGUCUGAAAUCCGCUAGUUAUUUCAUCUGUAUCUUAUUUUUAUUGUUUUUUUUUCCCUUUAGCACUAAGACAUGUUUUUGUUCGACUUUUGUAAAUGAAAGUUCGUAUUGCUAUUACACACACGUGAUGCAAUAAAGUCCUAUUUUCUUCUCCA